CAGCGCCUGGUCGAGCUGCUCGGUUUCCUGCCGGCUGGGGCGCGGAUCGGCUGACUCUGGGGGUUUUUUUUUUUUGUGUUAGGAGGAGAAUAGCGGUAAUAAAGUGAAAGAGUGACGAUGGGAACCCGGGACGACGAGUACGACUAUCUGUUUAAAGUGGUGCUCAUUGGCGACUCCGGCGUGGGCAAGAGCAACCUGCUGUCCCGUUUCACACGGAACGAGUUCAACCUGGAGAGCAAGAGCACCAUCGGCGUGGAGUUCGCCACCCGCAGCAUCCAGGUGGACGGCAAGACGAUAAAGGCCCAGAUCUGGGACACGGCCGGACAGGAGCGCUACAGAGCCAUCACCUCGGCAUACUAUCGGGGGGCCGUCGGAGCCCUGCUGGUGUACGACAUCGCCAAGCACCUGACCUAUGAGAACGUGGAGCGCUGGCUGAAGGAGCUGCGCGACCACGCCGACAACAACAUUGUCAUCAUGCUGGUGGGCAACAAGAGCGACCUGCGCCACUUGAGAGCGGUGCCCACCGACGAGGCGCGUGCCUUCGCAGAGAAGAAUAAUCUCUCGUUCAUCGAGACCUCGGCCUUGGACUCGACCAACGUCGAAGAGGCGUUCAAAAACAUCCUCACAGAGAUCUACCGCAUCGUUUCACAGAAGCAGAUCGCCGACCGGUCGGCGCACGACGAGUCUCCGGGCAACAACGUAGUGGACAUCAGCGUGCCUCCUACCACCGACGGGCAGAGGGGCAGCAAACUGCAGUGCUGCCAGAACCUGUGACCCUCUACUUUGUUCAGGACCCAUAGUGACCUCCCCACCCCAGACCCCUUUUUAGUCCCUUCUGUUUCCACACACUAGUCAUCUCUGCUUUGCCCCAAGUGUUGUGCUGCUACUGUUUAUUCCCUGAUAUAAUUUUGUCAAUAUUUUUUGUCUUACUGUAAGUGAAAUUCCUCUUUAUUUUUUCUUUCCAACUUUAUUGUUGCCUUGUUUACCUCAGCAAGAUUUUACUGUGGCACUGGGAGACGGGGCUCUGAUAAUGUGACCCACUCCAACUGAAUGGAUGGUGAGAGAUCAGUAUGUCCUGAGCUGCCAAGUGCUCCUUCGCAUUGACUGAGUUUCAUGGUGUGAUCAGGGAGUCAGAUGGGUGAGGGUUAUGGGGAUCUGCAGAGCAUUUCGCUUGGACAGCUGUGUGUCCAACGUAUUCCGGAUACACAGAAAUGCAGAAGCGGUGUGGAGUGCGUUCUUUUUUUUCUUUGAAUCUCAUCAGAAAAAAAAAAAAAGAGCUGUCAAGAUGGUAAAUUUGUCAAGAUGUGACUUUCUAAAUUAGUUCGUUCAUUGUCUUUUACGUAAGCGUUACACGCUUGUUUUCUUCUGCAAGUUACUGUCAAAGUUUUUGCAGUGCUGAAUGUGCAGUUUGUGUCUUGCCAAUCAAUUUUCACUAGAACUAAUGUCUAAAUAAACUACACUUAUUUAAAAUGGCUGUGAAAUUUUAACCCACUAAUGCAAUCGGUAUUCUUCUCAAAAAAGAUGUUGCUAAAAAGGGAGAAAUUGAAAGGACCACAAUGAUACAUGGGGAGGGGGGGGUCGUACAUAUGUUGUCUUUUCACAAAAUAGUCAAGGCAGGCUUGCGUUAGUGAUUUUUCUGAAAAGAUGGUAGGUUAAAUUUUACAAGUUCAGAAUGGUUUUUAACGUUUCGGUGGGCUGCGGUUACUGCAUAUUUCCUCCGAGAUACUGGCGUAACCUCUUAAGUGGAAAUUAAAAUGUGUUCCGUCUCUGGAGAGCCAAAAACUUUUCAUCUUUUUUCACUUAAUGAGCUUAUUGACUGAAAACCGUCGAUGUUACAGUUAGCGCUGCAGGUUUAUAUCCUUGAUUAAUUUUGCUCACCGGUGGGGUAGUAUAGUAGCCCCUUGCUCUUUUGCACGUUAGUAAUCCCUAGUGAAAUAUAUAAGGCCCAUUGUCUAUUCAAUACGCAAGCUAUAGCUAUGGUGUUUUGCAAAAAAAAAAAACCCACAUAAAACCUAUUUGGAAAGAUGGCUUUAUACAGUCUGCCUGAACUUCAUUUCGAAUUUGUGCUCUUGCCAUUUUCUUGAAGUCUGGUGGAUUUGUUACAGAAACCAGACUGUGCUGAUACACCAUAGAAAGUAAGAUUUUAGAAGACACUUUUGUCAGUGCUUCAAUGUAAAACCCUAAGAAUUUUUUUUUUCUCCUUCAGUUUAUAAUAAAGCUGUGCCUGUGUGCAAAAAUUAACUACUGCUCUAUAGGUCAUGAAAUGGAGGAAGAAAACCAGUGUUCGUUAUAGAUGCUCUGUGGCCCUAAAAAAGCGAGUGUAGUAAAAUGUAGUAACCAGACACCCUUAGGCAAAUGUCUGAAGCCUUCUAUAGCACAUGAAUGUCAGUGUUCUUUCUUCGCCUUAUAUUUUUAGCACAUUUUCCCAAAUAGACACACUAAAACUGGCAUCCAGAGUUAAUAUUAAGAACUAAAUUUCCUGUUCAUCUAGUAUAGAAUCUAGUAUAGAAAUUGUAAUUGGCUAACAGCAUAUAAGCAGUUUUAACAAUUUCUUUAUGCAGUUGCGCAUUGAAGUGAUGUUUUUAAAUGCUUUCUCCUCAUCCUUCGGUGACUUUUUUUUUCCAUGUAUGUCCAGUGCAAUCCACUCUGUGUAUAUAUAUAUGUGUGUGUGUGUGUAUGUAUGUAUGUAUGUAUAUUAUAUAUACACACACACGUCACUUAAUUUGUGCAUGGUAAAAUGUAUGGCGAAUUAAAUAAAUUGCCAAAA